AUGAAGGUGGCAAUUCUUGGCGCGACCGGAGAGACCGGCACCUCUAUUCUCAACGGUCUUCUCGAAUCAGAAAUCACCGCACUCGUCAGACCCUCCUCUCUCCAGAAACCAGAGGUUCUUGCCUUGGAGAAACGGGGUGUCAAAGUCGCAGCCGCUGACAUCUAUGGUCCCGAAGAGGAGCUCACAAAGCUACUCAGGGGCAUGGAAGUUUUGCAAAGCUGCGGUAUCAAGCGUUUCGUACCCUGCAGCUUUGCCACCAUUGCGCCUCCCAAAGGCAUCCUCCGCCUGAGAGACAUGAAAGAAGAUGUCAUCAACCAUAUCAAGAGGACUUAUGUCCCGUACACCAUCAUUGACGUUGGCUGGUGGUUCCAACUCACCCUGCCUGCCCUCCCCUCCGGCCGCCUCGACUACGCUCUCGUGGGGGCGCCAGAUGCCAUUGCCGGAGACGGAAGCGUGCCGUCUGCCUUGACGGACUUACGGGACGUCGGAAGAUACGUUGCUCGCAUCAUUGCUGACCCCCGCACACUGAACCAAAUGGUCUUCGCGUACAACGAGCUGCUCACGCAAACCCAGGUGUAUGACUUGCUCGAAAGGGUCAGCGGCGAAACCAUCCAGCGCAACUACGUCCCAGUUGAGGACAUCCUGGCCGGGGCAGCUGAAGCAGCGGCCUCAGAUGUUACACCGGAUUCUCCAGCCUUCUACAAGCUGGCCCAGUUCCAAUAUUGGCACACCUGGGGGAUUCGAGGAGACAACACUCCCGAGUAUGCCCGUUACCUGGGAUAUCUUAACGCCAAAGAGCUCUAUCCAGACUUGGAAGGGAAGACUCUGGAAGCCUACUGCCAGGAGUUAUUGAACGGGGAUGGUAAGGGUGUCUAUCAGCAAAUGAAAGUGGCGCUGGCAAAAGAUAGCUCCUCAUCAAUGCUGCCCUCUACAUUUUCAACACGAACCUCAAGUAUCCUCCGUGACCAAGCCUCAACAGUGCGUUGA